CCCCAAAACCUCCAAAACCCCUCUUUCUCUCUCUUCCCUCUUUCUCUUUCUUUCUCUCUCUCCUCUGCUUUCUUCCCCGGCUUAGCUUAACUCCCCCUGUCUGUAGAUAGAGACUAGAGAGGUCGCGGAGAGGGAUAGGGAGAGAAAGAGAUGGCAACUCAGUUCCCGGACGAUUUCAAGUGCCCGAUCUCCUUAGAGAUAAUGUCGGACCCGGUGAUUCUAUCGUCGGGGCACACCUUCGAUCGGCCUUCCAUACAGCGGUGGUUGGAUUCCGGCAACCGGACAUGCCCAAUCACCAAGCUUCCCCUCCCUCCGCACCCUUCUCUUAUCCCUAACCACGCCCUCAGGAGCCUCAUUUCCAACUUCACCCUCGCCUACCCUUCCCCUCACAAACCCCAAUCCCAAUCCCACCCCGAACCCCAACCCCAACCCCAACCCCAACCCCAACCCCAGACCCUCAUCUCCACCCUCACUUCCCGGUCCUCUCCUCUCCACUCCAAUCUUGACUCCCUCCUCCAACUCAAUCGCCUUUCCAAACGUAACCCUGUUUUCCGUCAACUGAUAACGGAGUCUGGUGCUGUUUCUGCCGUCCUCAAUUUUGUCUCCUCCUCCGACCCUAAUAUUCAAGAAGCCGCUCUUUCGCUCCUUCUCAAUCUCAGUCUUGAUGACGAUAACAAGGUGGGUUUGGUUGCUGAGGGUGCCAUUGGGCGUGUGGUUGCAGUGUUGCAGAGUGAAGGUGGGACUCCCAACUGCAGGGCCCUUGCGGCUACCAUGUUGACGAGUCUUGCUGUUGUGGAAGUAAACAAGGCCACCAUUGGUGUCUACCCUUUUGCUAUUAGAGCUUUGGUUUCGCUCCUUCGGGAUGGCAACGGCAGAGAAAGGAAAGAAGCAGCCACCGCUCUGUAUGCCCUCUGUUCGUUCCCCGACAAUAAGAAGAGAGCUGUGGCAUGUGGGGCGGUGCCAAUUUUGAUCCAAAUGGCUGAUUCCGGGGUCGACAGGGCCUUUGAAGUUCUCAGUCUCUUGGCUAAAUCAAGGGAAGGCAGAGAAGAAAUGGCCAGAUUUGAUGGUUGUGUUUCAAUUUUGGUUAAAGUGCUAAGGAACGGGACCUCACGGGCCGUACAGCACGCCCUAUCCACGUUGAAUUUGAUCUGUUCUCACAGUGAACAUGUGUGUUCGGAGGCUAGGAGGGAAGGGGCUGUAGAUAUUUGUUUGGGAUUGUUGGAAGACGAGAGUGAAAAGAUUAGAAGAAACGCUUCGAGUUUAAUUCAAGCUCUGCGGUUGUACGAGCCCACAAGAUGAUUCGCUUUUAUUAUUUUUCAUUUUUAGGGAAACUUUUGGGGCAACGAAUCAAAAGAGCUCGGCUUUGGGAGGCGCAAGGACGCUUUUUUCUUCUCCUUAUUCGUACUUGUGGAGGUGAGUUGGGUUCUGUCAAUGAAUUCUCCUGUGUUGGAUGUGCGACUCUGCGUGUAAAGAAAUGUAGACUUGGGUGGUGUUGGCGUCCUUUGCUGUAUCUUGUACAUUCAGAAUAAACAUAUGGGAGUAUGACUCUCUGUUUUGCUGUUCAUAUGAAAGUCCUCAACUGAGUUAUCUGAAAUAUGAUUUGAUCC